AUGACCAUGGAUUUCUUUCAGGACUUGGACUGGUGGGUGAAAUUCCGUGACCCAAUGGACAUCUACAAACACCAUCCAAGUUUUUUCAAAUUGGAGAUAAUGACCUUUUUCUGUGCCCUGCUCACUUUGAUUCAUGCCCUGAGGAAUGGUGGGCGAUUCAAGUGGCUGUGGUUAGGAGUCAUCUUACAUGGACUUGUUGUUGAGGCAGUUAGCUACAACCUUCCAGAAAUUGAUAAUUUCUGGCACGCCCAGGGCAUGGUCAUGUUCCUUGGGGGUAGACUUCCACUUUACAUUGUGGUCAUUUACUCUGUGUUUUUGUAUACUGCAUCAGUAGCAGUUGCCCAUUGGAGGCUGAAGUGGUGGGCGGAACCAUUCGCUGUGGGCCUGACUGUAGUUAUCAUAGAUCUACCCUAUGAUAUCUGUGCGGUCAAGCACCUGGCUUGGACAUGGCAUGAUACUGACCCCAACAUUUACGACAGAAUGUAUUGGGCGCCCUGGACGAGCUACUACUUUCAUGCUUCCUUUGCCUGUGGAUUCACUUUUGCGUUCCAUGGUUUCCACAAAUUGUUUGGUGGAAAUGCCAACAGAUUUCAGAGCAAAGGAUUUUUUAAAGAAGUUCCCAACACAAUGUUUGCUGCCAUGUUAGGUUUCCCCUUGGGUACCCUCCAGUUCCUCCCAAACUACCACAUACUCCAUGAUAAUUAUAACAUACACACCGAGAUCUGUGUCAUCAUGUUUUUUGCUGUGUAUGUGAUGAUUAUGUGGAAGGGGGACAGAGCAGCAUGUCUAGAGAGGUCACAGAGUGCAGAGAAACUAAGAAAAACAAGCUGGUUCAGCGAGAUCACACUACUGGCUGUUGUCUACUUUACAUUCUUCUUACAUCUGGUGGUGACUGGGAAACCAGAGGAGCAGGUCUCCAUCGGCUUGCAUGAGGUCAUCGGACCAUGUAACGAGACUGUUGAGAUGACCGCUGCAUCUGGACAGAUCCUGACAAAGAGAAAGUACCUAUGUCUGGAGGACUAUGAUGAAGACUACUUUGAUUUCCACUGCAUCAAGGGUAAACCACCAGUAGGGGUGGAGUGGUACACUGCAUGUGGCACCCCCUACAGAAACUACAUGGAAUAUAUUGUAGUUGUAGGUUUCUGCUGUCUCUUUGGACUUCACUGGAUAUUUUCACUGAUAGGGAGUGGUGGGUUACCGAGGGCAACGCCAAGUCCCAGCAAAGAGCAUAAGGCCAAACAGAACUAACCAUGGGAAUCAAAAUGGCAAUGAGUGAUGCAUAUAAGUGCAAAAGUUUACAUGUGUGUAAUUAGCUGAAAUAUCUGUAAUGUUGCUCUCUUUUUCUUUUUUUUUUUGGCAUUAUCGUGCGUCAGUGUGAGUGCCUUCAUAGGUAUAUAAAGUGUGUGCUAGCCCAUAGCUUUCCACUCAACAAAUUCUCCAUGACGUCAUUUAUAUUGCUAAACCUCCCUAUAAUCUGCAUUACUUUCAGCUUUUAAACUAUGUUGUUGUGUUACAACCCAUUAUAAUGACAGACUUUGGUUGGGGAAAAAAAUUUAAUUUAGAGUGAAACUUGAAUGCCUUUGUCAGUUCUUAUUAAAAUUCACAUCUUGAAAGGUUCAAGCCUGUUACUGGUAUGUGUUAUCUUACAACGCUUUAUAGUGCCAAAAAUAUAAACAAAACAGUAAAACUUCAUUAUAAUGCCCUUAUAUCUCAUUAUAAUGCCGUUUUAUCGAUUAAUUCUUUAGUAGUGCCAACAUACUGAAUAUACUCUAAUAUACUCUUGUUAUCUUAUUUUUUGAAUUUUUUUUUUAUAAUUAAUGAAAUGUUUGUUUUCCUGAUUACUAUUUCCCUUGAUAUAUUUUUUUUUUAAUUACCAUGCGUUUUAAUGCCAAACUCUUGCUGGUCAAAUGGUUGAAAUACAACAAAAUGUUAUUGAAAUAUGUGUUAGUAUUUUGUUAAUCAAAACAUGAUGUACUAUGUUUGAUAUAAGUGAUAGUCACUUGUUUUUUUAAGGUACACUUGACUGUAAGUAAGAUAACAAAUGCAAAACAAAUUUCAUCAAGUUCCUUGUUUCCUGGGGUUUCAGAUCAAGGUAAUAAAAAAUCUACAGACUUUACAAUGUGAUUUCAAUAUGUUUUUCCUGUUUUAAACACAUUUUGUGAAAAGAAGAUAUCUGAGAAUUAUUAAGUAGUCUGAAAAAAUGUUAGUUUAUAAUUUGAUGAUAAAAAAUCUUUAUAAAUUAUCUACGGGUAAACAUUGUAGAAUGAUUAACUAUCUAGCCACUUGUUACUUUGGUUGAGAAUAUUUAUGUUAAGUUCAGUCUGUAGAAACUCAAGUAAUAAAUUUGAAUCUGUUUAAACUGGAUAUCUUGAACAUUGAAUAACUGUCUUAACUGAAGUUGAAUUCAUUUAUUUUAACAAAUAUAGAGAAUCCUGGAUCGUGGAAAGGCCAGUUUAGAGAAUUUACGCUUUAGUUUUGUUUUUGUGUCGCCUGCAGAGAUGGCGGACACUUAAGGAUCACUUUGUCCGUUGUCAUGCGUCGGUGGCGUCCAUAUGAAAGUUUUCCGGACUUUUUUUCUGUAAUGCUUUGAAUUAUCAAAAUGAAAUUUGGUAUAUGGCUUGUUGUUGGAAGGGUACAGAUUAAGUUCGAUUCUUGGCUGUCUGUGACCCUUCUUUGCAGAGUUAUGCCUCUUCGAUAAUUCUUUGGGAAUAUAGUUUAUUGUACUUUUCUUGAGUUUUGAAAUGAAAUAUGAGAAAUGGCUUCAUGGUCAAACAUUACAGAUAAGGUUCGAUUCACGGCUUUCUUGGCAGGGUUAUGCCCCGUUGAACUUGGAAAAUUUUCUUGGUUAUGCUUCGAGUUACCAAAAUGCAAUUUUGUAUAUGAGUUCUUGGUCAAAAGUUGUGUACCGAGUUCGCUUCUUGACAUUCUGUAACCCUUCUUGGCAGUGAUAUGUCCCUUAGAACUUCGAAAAUUUCUCAGGAAUAUUGCUUUGCACUGUUUUCCCUUUAUGCUUCGAGUUAUAGAAAUGAAAUUUGGUAUUACAACUUUAUGGUUGAAUGUUGCACAUCCAGUUCGAUUUCUCGGUGACGCUUUAUGCUGGCAACACAUACAGUUCCAAGGAACUCUUGUGAUUUCUGGAGAAGACACUUGGAAAAGGUGACCAUGAUAACACUUGCAUAAUUAUUUACAAACUAUUUAAUCUGUGUGAUCUCGGCGAUAGAAAAUGUAUUUUUGUGUAGAAAAGUAUACAUGUUGUGUGUCAUUGUAAAUGAUGGAGCAAUACUGUGCCAAAAAGAUGGGUUGCUGAAAUAUCAAAUCGUUGUUUAUAUUUAUAGUGCCAUCUAGUAUUAAUAUUCUAUAAGGUACAUAUAUUUUGUGUCUUGUAUAAUUAUAUAUCUAUAUACAUGAUUACAUUUCCAUUCUAAGUCCCAAAGCUAAGCUAGUAGAAAUGGGGUUCAUCGACCUAUGAAUACAAUUGGUUCAGAGUCUUCUUGGUUCUAUUUUUGCUACCUUAUAAAUCUAAAUAACCAAACAGCUGACAUUUUGCUGUCGAUGUUGAUGAUAUAAAAUUAAAUUGUGCAAUAUUUUUAACGACACAUUAUUUUUAGGAUAUUGGCAACUGCGAAUUUUGUAUGGAGAAAAUUUAUGGCUUCACGCUAGAAUAAUUGUAUACACAUGUACCUGGUACACAGGUGUACAUUGUACCUACAAUAAGUGACUUGCUUUCAUAGAAGAUUGACUGUUAAAAGAAUUUUUAUUCAAAGCUGGUGUGGAUAUAACAAACUUUUAAAAAAAUUUGGUCAACAGUGAGGUAAAACCCCAGGCUUUGUGGCAGUGUAAUAUUUACCUGAAUUAGGCUAAAAUAAUGUUUUUCACAAUAUGCACAAUUUGUAGUGAUGCAAAAAAGUAUUUUAUGGGGUAAACAGCAAAAUAGAUUAUGGCAAGACCCUGUAAUGGUCUGUCUCAUGUAGAACAAAUUCUUGUAGAAAUGGUGUUUUCAGUAUUUACAAAAAUAUAUAUCUGUGUUUAAAAUUAUGUUAUAAUUCUGCACAAAUUUGAUUUAGUUUUCAUCGAUAUACAAUUGUGCUGCAUACACCAUGUUAAGCAUUGUGUUAUACAAGUUUUCUUUAUCUUUAGCCCACCAUCAUCAGACUUUAAGUUAUCACUAUUUCUUGAGAAGUACUGGAUGGAUCUUUCUUAUUUCAUAUGUAGGUUUCCUUUUGUCCCUCGUUGUGCCCAUAUAAUUUUUGGACUGAUCAGAAACAAAAUGGCUUCCAAAUGGCCAUUUUGGAUUUGGCAGGUGAAGAUUAUUAUCGCUAUUUCUGCAAAGGAAUGUUCAAAUGUGUUAGCAGUAAGAGCAAAAACAGAGAAGAGAAAAGAACAGGAAAGAUCCAAUUUUCAAAGAGCAAAUAAAGAUCAAACAAUGGUGGGCACCAAGAUCCCUCUAGGAUCUCUAAUUAUAGAUGCAUUGAUCAUGGAUGAAUUAUACAACAAUCAAAAUGAUAGCCUAUACUUAACACAGAUGUUAUUGGUACUAAUGUCAUGUAGCUGCAGGUACAGGUCAGUACUGAUAUAAGUGUGAACAUUUUGUUUUCAAAAAGUGGUCAUUUUUUUUUUUUUUAUUUAUUUUUAAUGAAAUAAACUCUACACACAUUAUAUUGAAGUUAUACACAAUGUUAUGGUUAUACAAUUAAUUGUAUCAAUGCUCCAUAUAAUAAAGUUGUCAUGCAUACAUGUUUAACUCAGGAUCUAAUUCAUUACAGUAUUUGGAAACACUAAAAUUAAACUAAAAAGAGUAAAAUUUGCUUCCCAGAAAAUAUGGUAAAAAUCUGUUUAUGUUGAUGUUAAAGAGGGAACUGUCCGUGAUUCAUUUCUCUUCCAUCAGAUCAAUGCUAACUUAUGUGGAAACUAAAUCUGUUAUUAAAAUAAUUAUAUAAGGAAUAUGCUGUAUACUUAAGUUUCAUUAGAUUUUCUGUCAAUAAUUUAUUGUGCUAUUUUUUGUGUUUCACGACAUCACAUAAAACUGGUUUGGGUUUGUUUGCAUAUUCAUGAAUAGUGGUUAUGUUUCAAUCUGUACAUUCCAAGUAUCAAUAAACUGUGACAUACAAGAAAGAA